ACUGUAUGUUUGAACCGCAGCAGCCGCUCUGCAUUUGUAAGCUCACACACACUCCACCUACAAAGAAAAUAGGAGCACAGUACUUGAAGAGCUUUUAUUCUUGAGUUGGAUUACACCCAUCUCAUGAAUUCCAAAUUGGGCUAAAAGCACAAAGAACAGCUGCCUUAUAUUGUUCAUAGUUACUGGAUGGAAAAAUAACAGCUCCCUUACAGGACGACAUUCACUUUGUGUUUACAUGCAGCACGACAGCUUCAAAAUCUAUAGCAUUAUUCUCUUGGUGCUGUCAUGUAUAUAUGCUGUCAGGCUGCACAUCAGCAUGUGUUUGUCAUGUUUUUAACCACACCAGUGUCACCUGCCAAAAAGGGAUUUCCAGUAUUUCUCAAUAAAUAAAUAAAUAAACACAUGAAAGAUUACUAGAAAUGAAACUGCUCUAAAUGACUUGUUGGCCUUUACUGUCACUCAUAUCUCGCAAAUGAUAUCAUAACAAGCCAUGCAGAGUAAGCAACACUUCUUUUACAAGGUAAAAGUUUUAUACUUAUUUAACCAGGUAAAAAAAUUUAGUGAAGUUAAAAAAGUGUUUUUCAAAUUAAACUUGGCCAAGUGGGAAGUAGAAACUGCAAGAAGUUGAACACAAUCUUUCUAUAAAGAUAUUUUAAGCGUCCAAAAAAAGGUUGGGACUGAUGAUAAUGUUGACCACAGAGUAGGCACAAUAAAGCUGUCAUAAAGAUCUUUGCAAAACAGGUCAUUUCUUUAUUUUAUAUAUAUAAAGGCUUUGUAAGUCCUCUUGACUACUGCCUUUUUAUCAGUUUAUAUUCAUCAAUAUAAGCACAGAAAAUCACUUUUUGGCAUGGGAUGGCUUUUAAAAUGUUUUUUUUUUUUUUUUUUUUAAAUAAGAGGUUAAAGAUGAAGUUAAUUUCAUUUUCCUUAUGUCUUGACCUUUUUCUUUUCAAUCAUGGGUAGGUGUUAUAUAAGCUGUAGCUUCAACCUACUCCUUUUCGAUUUGUCAUAUGAUUUCUUCUUUUCUUUUAAUCAUUUCGUGUGCUAUAAAUGAACCGAAUAAAGACAAUUAACCACCGGGAGCACCAGCUACAGCACAGUUUGGAGGCUAACUAAAGACGGAUUUAGCAUUUUUUUUUUAAUCUCUUAAAAUGUCUGUAGGAAAAUGAACGGCUCUUUGGAGGUAUUUCCAAAUGACAUAUUUUCCCCCUUUUCACACCGUUUUUCGUGCUUCCAGCAGCAUAUCUUGAACCGUUAGCGUGAAGGAGCAGAUUUUUAUCAACAAUUUUACGCAGUGUCGCCAAUAAGGAAGCUGCAGGCUUCCUACGUUUUCUGUGGUGUUCAAGUAAGCACGAGGGUUAGUGGUUUCUAUUGGCAACCGGACCCGGAUUCUCAAAAACAGCAGCUGGCGACGUAAACCGUCCCGUCCUGAGAAGAGACGCGACACAGCCUGGAGGAGUUUGCCGAGACAAAAAGCCAUGAACAAUCCAUCCGUUUGAACAAUCCAGUGUUCUUUCCAGCCAUUUGAACAAUCAUGACUGCUUUGGUUCGACCUGGAGUCAAUAUUUCAGAGCUAUGUAAGGAAGGAGACAAGUUACUUCGGAGCGGUGAGCUGGAGAGAGCCACCUCCUUGUACAUGUCUGCCUUCAGGACUCACGCCACCUCUGCGGUGUCCCACAUGAGAAAACUGGAUAAGUCUGGUCUGGAUUUGGUGAUCGCUACUCUAGAGGGCUGGCUUGACAGUCAUGUGAAGAAUCAGCCUGCAGAGGGUCUUAAUAAAGGUCUUGCUGCUGUUUUCCUCUCCACACUCAGUCCCAACAAUCUGUCAGCCACCAUUUACAAAAUGGAGUCUCUUCUUCAGAGUGGCACGCAUGCCUGUGAGGAGAUUUUUGCUCGUUGCACCGCUAUGCUUGAAGGGAAGCGGAACCUUCCUCCAGAGGGUUCAACUCAUGUUUUGUUAGAGAUAACUCGAGCCCUCGCCUGCUUGUUAUCAGAAUCUCACAGGUUAAAGGGACUAAAGAUUUACCUCAAAGCUUACAGGAAUAGCAAGUCUGAAACUGUCACACUGGUGAAGAGCAGACAAGCCGAACACCUACCCAAAAUAGUGAAGGCCUUUGCAGAACAAAUCAUGCUCAUACAUCCCACUCUGGUAGUUGACAGCAAGUGGAAAGUGGAAACGAAGGACAAUGACAAGCUUGAAGAAGAAACUUCUGCUACUGUUAUUGAGUUUUUGCUGUCUAUCUCACCUGGUAACAAAGAAGUACAGGAACUCAAUGCAGCGUAUUUGUUUUUGACGGGCAGGUUUAUGGACAGUGCAGAGGCAUACUCUUCCCUCUUGCAGCAUGCUCGUGGCCAGAAAAUAUCAGAGAGUACUAUAGAAAAAUUACUCCAAGAAACUCCUGAGAGGACAGCCAGACUCUUGACAAGUCGAGCAGCUGCUUGCUUUUCAGCAGGUGGAAAGAUUGCAGAGGAGUGCAAAGAUUUGGGGAAAGCAUUUGAGACUCACCCAGCCACUGCCCGAAUUUACUUCCAAAAGCUGUUCAUGGAUCAGGGGACUGGGGUGGCAGCUUGCAACCAUCUCCGUCAGCAGGCGGAGAGAGGCCUGUCUGAUUACAGAGAGCAAGUCCUUGUCCGUGCAGAUCUGCGAUCUACUGAAGGAGUGGAACUUCUGGACCCUGUUAUCACUCAGUUACGGACCCUGUGCCAUUUAGAACCUGGUGGGGGAGACAGAGAGUUGCGGGUCCGACUGGCUGAUUGUCUUCUCCUCAGAGGGGAGCACAAAGAGGCCCUCUCUAUCUGCAGCCAGCUAGCCUCACAAGGUAAGCAGAGCUAUCAAAACACGGUCCACGUCCUUCGUGGAUAUGCACGAUUUCUCUCUGAUGACCAGAAGGGUGCGUUAGAAGACUUUCAGGCUGUGAUUGAACAUAAUGCCCCCCACCCAUCCAGCUGUGUGCGAGCACUUUGUGGCAGGGGGCUCCUGCGAAUGAUGGGUGGCUUACACUACCUGACUGCGUUAGACUAUGUGACAGCCAGCAGGCUGCAUCCUCAGGAAACAGCAUUUGCUGUGCGCUGCUUGGUGCCCUGGAACUACCGUGGGCUGCUGUUUACUGUUCUGCUGGAGCAGGGAAGAUUCAUGCUUGAAGGGUCUAGAGAUCACAAACCCAAGUCCAGUGCUGGUGAAGACUCCCAACAGCACCAAAAGGAGGACCAUAUGCAGACCCUAUCAAAGAGGGACAACCACAGAUCAAGGACUCCUGCUGGUGUCCAUUCCCUUGCUCUGUUGCUGAUGGAGCUCCAGCCCAGUGCCGAUGGGCCUCAGAUCUUGGCAGCAGAUGCCUUGUACCAGCUUGGUCGGGUGGAGGAGGCUUACCGAUUGCUGCUGUCCAUCGGGCCCACCAAUACUCGGGCACCUAUCUUGGCUCGCCUUGCUUUGCUUCAGCUGCACAGAGGCUUUCUUUAUGACACCAAUCAGCUGCUGAAAAAGCUCAUCUUGUGUGGCGAUACCAGCUGCUUGCGCCCCCUGUUGGCAGUGGCACAACAGAAAGACAGAGCACUGCUGCAGGGACACUCCCACUCAGCUGCAAAACGCAUUUUGGACCGCACAAGCGAGGAGAGCGCUGUCAGAGAGGCUGUGGCAUAUCUCUCCAUUGCUAUUAUGGCCUCUGGUGGCGAGGCAGCUGAAUCACUACUAGAAAGAGCGAGGUGCUACGCUUUGCUGGGUCAGCGAAAAACAGCCAUAUUUGACUUCAGUGCCAUUCUGAAGGAGCAUCCGAAACACGUGCAUGCCCUCUGUGGAAGAGGUUUCACAUAUCUCAUGCUGAAUCAACAAAAGGAAUGCACUCAUGACAUCCUGGCAGCACUUCAGAUAAACGCUGACAUAGUGACCAAAGACAUUCUUUCGCUUAAGGACAGGGCACGGAAGCUGGUCUGUGAUUGGCUGCAUCAGUUCUGUCGUACCAAUCUGUCAGAUAUUGUGGCCACUCAUGGUGUUCCCUGCCAAGAAGAGCAGCUUAGAGAGGCUUUCAUAAUUGGUGGAGCUUUGAUGAGGGCUGACUGUAGAAACCCCAGAUGGCAUCUGCUCUACGUGGACAUCCUCUUGGCAAAAGGUGAGGUUAAGUCAGCAGGCGCUCAUCUGUGCCAGAUAUUUGGCCAGGAGCCAAGAGAUGCAGUGGCCCAGGCUCGGGCGGGUGUGGUGGAUGCCUGGCAGAAGAAGUACUGCAGCGCAGCUCGCAGGCUCAGCAAACUGGCUGAGAAGGAUUCAUCCUAUUUUGACUUCUUGCUGGCUCUCAUCCCAUUUAAUCAGCGAAAAUGCAUGGCACAGGAAGCAGCUCAGGAGGCCAACAGUGUGUCAUCAUGUGGCCAGUGGAAGCAGGCGCUUACCCUCCUGACUGUGGCAGUACAAUCAGGCGGCAGUCAGAGAAUGGAGUAUCUUCACCAGCGGGCUGUGUGCCUGGCACAGCUGGGCUUACAUGAGCGGGCUAUAUCUGAUCUGGACAGAGUUAUCCAGAAACACGAUGGACCUGACUACAGCUGUUCAGAACACCCUCAAGUCCGGGUGGAGGAUUUGUGCUUGCGAGGUCGCAGCCUGGUGCUCUGCUCCAAAGAAGGGCCAGCUCUGGAGGACUUCAUCCGGGCCCUGGAGCUCGACAGAGAACGGGCCAUCCAGUGUGUGGAGGCUGGGCUAGGAAGACUGCCUCUGGCUGAGUGCUUCCUGCGGGGGGCGCUGCAGCAUUAUGGGGAGCAACAUCUCAGUAAGGCUUGGACCUUGACUGAAUGUGGCCUCCUUUUGGACGGUGAGAACACAGAGCUCCGCAGACUGAGGGCAAAAGUCAAACGAGAAGUGGCCAAUCCUUGCAACGUGAACUAGUGUUGACUGUGAACUGGACACAGAAUCUCCAGUGGAGCUUAUAAAUGCAAAGAGUUACUGCAAAAGCUCCAAUCAGGUCAAUUCCCUACCUCAAAAUUAAAAACAAAAAAAGAAAAACCUAAUCCCCAUCAUUUUGUUAUGCUCAGCUUCCCAAAAUUUCAUCGGACGUUUGGUGCUUCCAGAGCACACACUGCUACUGUUCAUAUUAUUCCCUCAAAGUUCAGUUUAAACUUACAGCAUUAACAGCAGUGUUUGUAGACAUUCAGUGUCUUUAUGAUUACAUCAAAGCAAAAUAUUUAUUAUAAGAGGAGUAAGUGAAUUAAUAUCUAACACCACAAACACUUAUGACAUAAAACAUUAGCAAUGUAAAUAAUGUGAUAAUCACAAAAACCAAUAAUUAUGCUAUCAUAAUGUAUAAACAAAAUCAUUCAGCGUUCAAUGCUGUCACACCUAGAUAAGUGAUUUAAGAAAGUGCCAAGUGUGCAGGUUUUAUGCUUUUCAAAUGAAGGCAAAUCUUUAAUCAUAUCCAUGGUGGCAAACACAAUUUAGCACGCAGAAGUACAUGUGACUAUAAAUACUGAAAUUUAGUUCACACUGUUGCCAUUGGAGAAUAAUUAAACAUAAUGUCAAAACAAAAGUACUGUACUUUUCACUGUGCCUCUACUCUAGGACUUUUUGCAUUGUAUGGUGUAUAUAGCAUUAGAUUUAUGCACUGCUCAUGUAGCUGAGAUGAAACAUUCACUGUCUGUA